AUGGGUCUUUGGGGUCUCUUGUGCGACUGCUUCAAGCGGCACUCUAUUGUCAAACCUCAUUCCAAGCCCAGCUAUGCACGUCUCGUCGAAGCCAAAAAACCACCAGCUUAUUCAUCCCUCCCAAUUGAUGUUGCAACCGUGUCAUCCCACCGUUCUAGCUGGAAGGCCGAUGGCAUCGACGAAGGCGCUCGAUUGCUACCACCGCAUCUUACUGUGAUAGAUGAGAAAGAGCCUUUGGAGGCAAUUGUCGACUCUGCCGCUUCGUCUCCGCAGUCGUCUACGGUCUCGCUUCCUAGCACUCGCAUCACUGCUUUGACGGUCACGACUAAUAACACUGGCGCAAGUCGUGCCUCGAGAAUGAGCCAUUAUUCAGGAAUCACGUUCGAGGCACCUCCUUCGUACAGUUCACGGCGGUCUGUUACACUUCAACGGUCGAACCGCUCAUCUUGGGAUCGACCGCAUCCUGUUCAUGCUGAGGACUGGUUUGACCAAUUUCGAGAUCCCUGA